CCCGAGGCAAAGCUGGCGGGUGCUGUGGCUGCGAAUGGCAGGUCAUCCCAGGUAGCAGCUCCUGGCCUCCUGGGGUAGCAAGUUGUAGUGUGGGGUGUUGAGACGAAAUUUGCUGCAUGACCUGCUUUCUAGGGACAUCUUUGGGUUGAGAACGUCAUCAAUAGUGGAAUGGAUUUAACUGGAGACCAAUCACUGUAGCAGAACAUUUAAAAUCUCGCAGACAGAGCCCUGUAUCGCUGAGCCAAAGAUCUGCGAGUCUGUAUGCAUCUCAGUAAAUUCAUCCAGAGCUAGAGUCUCUGCUUAGCCGUUGCCCAGCAGGCUGAACACCUUUGGGCGCUAAGAAAAUGUUUGUUGCAAAUGAUCCUUGCAGAUAGCAUGGCCCAGGGCUUGAUUGAGGUGGAGCGAAAGUUCAUUCCAGGGCCUGGCAUAGAGGAACGACUGCAGGAGUUGGGGGGCAUCCUAGAGCACCGGAUCACCUUCCGAGACACCUACUAUGACACCCCUGAGCUGAGCCUGAUGCGGUCUAACCACUGGCUGCGACAACGAGAGGGUAGUGGAUGGGAGCUCAAAUACCCUGGAGCAUCAGGUAUCUCAGGACCCCACACCGAGUACAAGGAACUUACAUCUGAAUCUGCAGUUGUGGCCCAGCUCUGUGAGGUGCUGGGAGCUAAGGGUCUGGGGGAUGGAACUAUGGCUGCUGUGCUGGGUCCACUAGGGCUGCAGGAAGUAGCUAGUUUUGUGACUAAACGGAGUUCCUGGAAGCUGGUAUUCCCUGGAGUCAAUGAGGAGGAGCCGGUGCUUAAGGUGGACCUGGAUACAGCGGACUUUGGCUAUGCUGUGGGUGAAGUAGAGGCCCUGGUACAGGAGGAGGCUGAAGUACCAACUGCUCUAAAGAAGAUCAAUAGCCUCAGCAGCAUGCUCGGUGUGCCAGCACAGGAGAGGGCACCUGGCAAGCUCAUCGUGUACCUACAGCAUUUCCGUCCUCAGGACUAUCGGCGCCUGCUAGAAGUAAACAGCUCCACAGAGGACUAAACAUCCCGACAGCAGCCUGGGCUAGGGGUGUCACUUCCUAGAAGAGAAAGGGAACUCUUGGUCCAGCAGGGGCCACACCUGGCCUCACUGUGCCUCUUCCCUCCCACCUCCUCUCCCUAUACCUCUGCCUGUUCUUUCGCCCUGUUCUCAACAACCCAUUCCUUGAGCCCUCCCUGGUUGCCUCCUCUCUCUCAUCAGUCAGAUGCAAUCUGUGGGCCGCCCCUCUCCCCUGGCCGCUAAGCAGCCUCCAUUGAUUUCCGCUCGUGUUUAUAGGAUUUCCACUUAGCCGUGAUCAGUAGUUAAGCACAGGAAAAUCCCUUGCCACCCCCCCUCCCUUGGUCGAUGCCAUUGAUUCUGCCAGCGGCUCCGAAACCGCCUUACAGCUGAGUUAGAGAUGAGGGGAGGCUGCAGGGAUUUCCCUGCUUUGGGGUGUGGGGAAUAGCAGGGUGGGGAAGUGGUUGGUAAUUCCUGUUAGAAAUCCAGAAAUUCUGCUUUGAUUUUGCCACUGUGUCCAGCUCUGGCCCAGAGAGUAGAGUGCUUCCUGUGACAGCUUAGCAGCAAAUUUGCUCCCUAACCUUGAGGGGCAGAAGAAAACCCUGGUGUGCUUGAGACUGAUUCUCAAGGUUCCCAGAAAGAUUCCUGGGACCCUUCCUGUGUGAGAAGCCUCUUCCCUUGCUGUUAUUUAUACAUUUUUUUUUUUACCUCAAACAUACCCAGAUUAUGGCUUUAUGCCCCCCUCGGGCUUUAUUUGGCUGCCAUUAUUUGUGGGGGAGGGGAGCAGACCCACAGUUUUGCAGUGAUUAAUGCAGAACCAGGGUGCCAUCUGCUGGUAGCCCUCAGAGUUGGUUCCCCACUGCUAGGACCACAGGCUUUGGGAUGCAGGAGGAUUUCAGGCAGAGUGAAGAGUUAUUGCCACGUUUCCACAGGCAAGUUGUUCACCUCAAAGAUCUCUUGCACCGAUUGGCCCAAGUGGUUGUAGGUCAGGCGCAGCUUUAGCCGCAAGGGGGCCUAGAAAUGGGAGAGUGGAGACCAGAGUUAGUGCCUAUGACUUCUCCCUUCCCUAGGUCUUUCUUACCUAUAGGGCCCUGGAACUGACCUUGUUAGGAUUGAGGAUUCUGAAGAGCUGGGUGAUGGGGAGGCCGCCCCAAGCUGGAACUGUGUUCCCACUGGGGGCCUGCAGCUGCAGCUGGAAACUCUGAACAUGGGAUUUGGGCAGAACACAGUAAGGCAGCUGGCCGGGCUCAGCAACCCCUCCACACUCAGUGGUGCCAAACUCUCUUCCCAUCAACUCCCCAGGUACCUGUCUCUGCUGUCACUCCCUUCCCGUCUCAUCCUGUCUCCCACCCACCUCUAUUCCUUCCUGGAGUGCCUAGGCCACCUCUGAAUCCUGGUAUUUACAAACCUUGGGCACAGCUGCCUGGCAGAUGAAGUGGGUGACAUCACCCUUUGAGGAGUUGGUGGUGGUGACGGUGACUAAAAGCAAAGCAGGGGAUCCAGGUGGUCGAGUGAAAGACAGAUUGAGCUGUACUCCCUCACGCUCAAACACUUUGAGAUUUGGAAUGGGAGCUAUAUAGCAGGGAAAGAGAGGCAGCUCAGUGUGUAGGCGCGAGAUAACACGUUCAUUCAACAAAAAAACAGUGAGCACCUCUUGUCCCUGUACUGCCCAAGAUGCUUGAGAAGUAGACAACUGACAGUAUAGUGCAGGGAGAGAAGCAAUAACAGAGAAAAUAAGCAAGAUAAUCAGGCUGGAAUGGGUACUAUGAGGGAAAUAAAUUAGCCAGAGUAACUGGGAAGAACUAAUUUAAAUGGGAGUGGCAGGGAAAGGCAUUUGACAUUUCAGGCUGGAGUGCCUUCCCCAACCAAGCCAGUCACUUGAUGUGCCAAGGAAAUAACAUUUUGUGUAAAAAGAGCAUGAAAUGCCAGGGCUUAAGACGGGAGGGUUUGAGGGGCCAGUGGGGAAGUGGGAUGAGAUGGGGUGGGGAGGAAGCAGGGCCCUGCUGGCCAGGGCUAGAAGUCUAGAACAAAGAAGACACUGCAGCCAGGAGAGGACUGGCAUGACUGAGUGAACCCCUUUACCUACCAAAAAGGGGAUGGGAUAUGGGCACACAGGAGGGAAAGGGUUUAUGAGCUUCACUCAGCACAGAAGCAGAGAUGGCACAUUCUCACCUACCUUCUCUAAGACUAGACUCUUUCCUGAGGCUUACCUGGAGGUGGCAAUGCACAGGGAAGGUCAAGGAGGUGUACUAAGGUGCCUCCUGGGGAUGGAUCCAGAGGGGGAGGAUGCUGGGCAUCCUCAGAAGUGUCAUCCAGGAGAUCUAACAGGUCCAAGAGCUUUGAGGCCCAGGGGAAAGGGCAGAAGGGUCAGAACUUGGCAUGGAAGCCCAAGCCAGCCCUCAUCCCAAGGCUUCCAGUCUCCUCACCUGGGGCUCUGUGGGGAUAGGGGCUGCUGCCUUUGAAACCUGGACUGCUUCUUUGCUUUCCUUUGCCUCCUCAUCAACCUGAGGGCCACCUCGCUCCACAAGAGGCAUCUUCUCAAGGAUGGCAGCCCUGAGGAUGGAAUGUAGGUGUCUUUCUAGGUAGACCCUUUGCCUCUCACAAGAGACAUCUACAAAGAGUGCUCAGAACAUGGAGAUGCUGGGCACAUAGUGGAUCAGAAGUGUCCUUCUGAUAAGAUGGCAUACUGUUGCUGGUUUUCAGAUGAGCAGGGAGGGUUAGGAGGCAGCUUGCUUCAAUGAACUGGGUGGAAAGCUCUUGCAGUGGACAACAACACAGGAGAGGAUGAGACCGUUGAGGCUAGAAGGGGGCAUUUGGGAGAGGGCAGGGAUCUGGGUCCCACACUGGAGCCGAUGUUUGACAUACCUCAUGUGGUCAUACUUCCGGAAGAGUGUGUUAUAUUCUACAGCCCGCUGCUGCAGCUCCACAUCUAAGCAACUCCCGUAGAUAGACACCACCUGGCGGAUGCGGCUGGGCCACAGAGUUGUGUGAGUUGCAAUGGCAAUUUGUCCUGCCCUUCUGCUUCAGUAUAUGGCAGAGAAGGGAGCGGUCCCACAGAGUGAGGAGACACCCAAGAUAUGUAGCUCUAAAGCAAGUCCCAAGAUUGGGGGUAAGAGAGGCGAGGGAUAGUACAGCUAUCUGGAGAGCUUAGAAAUGGUAUGCAAGUGAGGAGACAUUUUUCUCUGGGCUGAGACCACUUCUUACUUGUUGUCCCCUCGAAGCCGGGUGCUGAGCUUCAUGAGGGCUGUGAGUGCAUAUCCUCUGGUGGCUGGCAGGGACAUUUGGGACUGCAGCACCUUUUCCAGGAGUGCUAACACCUCCUCUUCUUCCACCUUCAGGUGUGGGUACAAGUAGUGACCUGGGAUCUAACCCUAUCUCCCUUGACAAGUCCAUCCUUAGUGUGUCCACCAUGUAGGCCUUACCUGAAGGGGUUCUACUUCUUCACAGCUCCCCUCCAUCAGGAGGUCCCCAUACUCUCCAAUGCACCAGGCUGCCACUUGCACCAGUGGCUGCUGUAUGGGAGAAUCACAUCUAUGUCAGUGUUUGGGGUUCCCUCCUCUUUUCCACACUCUGAAAUAUCCCCUUAUGCAGCACAAAUAUGGUGGGGCAGGGAAGGAAAUUUGUGAGCAGUUUCUGUCUUGAUGCCUGGGCUCCCACUGCCCUCUGGUGGCCCAGAUUCAGAAGUACAUGGCCUGGCCACGUGAUGGAAGUGUGAGAGGGUCCCACCCUUGAGGAAGAGCAGGGUGAUGGUUUCUGCUCAUCCUACUAAAGAGGAAAAUGGAGAGUAUGCCAUGAAUAUAUAAAAAUACAUUCUACUGUCAUGUAUAACUAAAAAAAAUUUAAAAGGGGCAGUUUAAUAUUGGGUGGCACCUUUGGCACUCAGCAUUUGAAAUAAUAAUAAAGUAUAAUAUAUGCAUAAAA